CGUCGUCUGCUCUUUCCUCGAGCGUUACGGGGCCUUGCUGGAUCUGCCUGAGCUGCCUUUCCCCGAGCUGGAGCGCGUCCUGCAGCCGCCGCAGGAGCCCGGAGACCAGGAUCCAAAAGAAUUGGUGGAGCUUCACUUGAAACUGAUGAGAAAGAUUGGGAAGUCUGUCACAGCAGACAGAUGGGAAAAAUAUUUGAUCAAGAUAUGCCAAGAAUUCAACAGCACUUGGGCUUGGGAGAUGGAAAAAAAAGGAUACCUAGAAAUGAGUGUUGAAUGCAAACUGGGGAUUCUGAAGUAUCUCUGUGAAUGUCAGUUCGAUGACAAUCUAAAGUUUAAGAAUAUAAUUAACGAGGAGGAUGCCGAUGCCAUGCGUCUGCAGCCCAUCGGUCGAGACAAGGACGGGCUGAUGUAUUGGUAUCAGCUGGAUCAGGAGCAUAACGUCAGGAUGUACAUAGAAGAACAGGAUGACCAGGAUGGAUCCACGUGGAAGUGCAUUGUUAGAAACCGCAAUGAGCUCGCCGAGACCCUUGAGCUCUUGAAAGCACAAAUUGAUCCUGCCCUGUUGAAAAACAACAGUUCUCAGCAGGAGAAUUCAUCACGUGAAAGCCCAAGCAUAGAAGAUGAAGACACCAAAAAGGGCGAAGAAGCACCUACACAAGAAAAUCAAUUAAAAAUCAAAGAAGAAAAAGAGGAGGUGGAAGAACAAUCAAUGGAAACGGAAAGCCUUCCUCUUCCUGAAGUCAAAGAAGAUGAAAAUACGCCAAAAAUUGAGAAAGUGGAAGAAAAAGAAAUUAUAAAAUUGCCAGUGAUAGUAAAAUUAGAGAAACCUUCAGAAUACAACGAAGAAAAGCAAAGUGUCAAAGAAGAAAGUGACUCCUUUAAAGAAAACGUCAAGCCUGUUAAAGCAGAGGUGAAGGAAAACAAAAUAGAACCGAAAGACUUAAAAGAAGUAAAAAGUUGUACGGACAAAAUAGCAGUUCAUGAACCAGAGAGGUUAGAAUUUUGUGUUAACGUCAAAACUCCCCAAGAAAUUGUGGAGAAAUCUGUAGAAGAAAGUGAGAAACUUAAAAAUGACCAGCAGGCAAAAAUACCGCUUAAAAAACGAGAGAUCAAGCUGACGGAUGACUACGACAGUCCGAUAAAGGGGCCUCUGUGUAAAUGUGUUACUCCUACAAAGGAUGUCUUGAAGGAAGAAGGGAAACCAGAAGAAGAAGCUUUUAAGAGAGUCCCUACAAUUACUGCUUUAUGUCCCGAUGGAAAAGUGCUCGUAAACGGGGAGGUUACCUGUGAAAAAAUCACCCCGAGUGUCAUACAAAAUAAUAAGUCGGAACACUCUGCCGGCGCCAAGGAAGACGGUGGCUCCUUAAAAGAGAAAAAUGGAAAAAAUGGGGAAAAGGUGACAGACUCUGUUAGUAAAAUUAUAAAAACGUGCGAGGUUGAGAAAAACGCAGUAACUGUGGUGAAGGAGACGGGGGUCGUGGUCUCUGAGGUUUCGAAUCAGAAAGUGCCUUCAAAGGAGGAAUCUAGUCCUGUGGAAAAAGAGUCCCUCGACAGCACAACUGCUGAAACUGUAGUGGAAGAGUCUUCAAACUCUGAAGACUGUGCCAAAACAACCGAAGAGACGCUAGCCAUGAAAAUCAAGAAGGACAGACUACCAUCACCCAAAGAAUGUUUAGAGAAUAAGCUAGAGAAGUCCCCAAAUGCAUCUUCUCCUGCAGAACCGCCCAAGCUCGCGCUCCCCGAUGAGGAGACUUUGAAAAGCAAAGGUGAGUCUGAGGAGAAACCCGAUUCUCCAAAAGCUGCUGAAACGUCCCCUUCGUCUUCUUCUCCUGUGGCUUUAGAGAAGCCGGUUUUGGAAAAGGAGGGCUUGGAUAAUAAACCGGCUUUACCCGAGGAGAGCAAAGUAGAAGAAAAAUCCAGCCCUGAAAAACAAGAGGAAGAGCCGGAAGCUGCCAAGACAGAGCCAGAUUCCUUAGAUGAUGCUCAUGCUUCUAAUCUAGAGGACUCCUCAGAGGGUAAAAAGGAAUCUCCGCCACCUAAAAGCAAAUUUAAAUAUAAGCUAGUUUCUGAAGAAGAAAGCUGCGCGACAGACAAUAAAGAAAUAACUUCUGAAAGACAGAAAGAAGGAAUUAAAUUAACCAUCAGGAUCUCCAGUCGGAAGAGAAAAGCGGAAACGCCGCCAGAAGAGGUCGGCAUCGGCCGCACGUUAAGGCGAUCUCCAAGGAUAUCCAAACCUACUCCAAAAGUUGUGGAGACUCGGGAUCAGAAACCUGAGAAAAAACGAGCCGAAGAGGAAGAGGAGAAACCUGCAGCAGCACAAAAACCUGAACGCAAAGAAGAUGCGAAAAAACAAGAGAAGGAGUCAAAUUCUAAGGUUAACAAGAGAAGCAAAGUUCGGUGGACGGGUACGCGGACACGCGGCAGGUGGAAAUACUCCAGUAAUGAAGAAAGUGAGGACUCAGACAGCGAAAAAAACUCGGAGGAGGAGGAGGAAGAAGAAGAAGAGGAGGAAGAAGAAGCUGCCCCUGCUGAUGAUGAUGAGCCGUGCAAGAAGUGUGGCCUUCCCAAUCACCCCGAGCUGAUUUUGUUGUGUGACUCGUGUGACAGCGGAUACCACACGGCCUGCCUGCGCCCGCCUCUGAUGAUAAUCCCCGACGGAGAGUGGUUCUGCCCACCCUGCCAGCACAAAUUACUCUGUGAGAAAUUAGAAGAACAGUUACAAGAUCUGGACGUGGUCUUAAAAAAGAAGGAGCGCGCGGAACGCAGAAAAGAACGAUUGGUGUAUGUGGGUAUCAGUAUUGAGAACAUCAUUCCACCUCAGGAGCCAGAAAUACCUGAAGGUCAGGAAGAAAAGAAGAAAGAUUCCAAAAAGCCAAAAUCGAAGCUGCUGGAAAGGAGGUCUACCAGAACCCGAAAAUGCAUAAGCUACAGGUUUGAUGAAUUUGAUGAGGCAAUUGAUGAGGCCAUUGAAGAUGACAUCAAGGAGGCUGAUGGAGGAGGCAUUGGCAGAGGCAAAGACAUGUCUAAUAUCACAGGUCACCGUGGAAAAGACAUUUCCACCAUCCUGGAGGAAGAAAGGAAAGAAAACAAGCGACCCCAAAGAGCUGCUGCAGCGCGACGCAAGAAACGACGGCGACUAAACGACUUGGACAGUGACAGUAACCUGGAUGAGGAGGAGAGCGAGGAUGAGUUCAAGAUCAGUGAUGGAUCUCAGGACGAGUUUGUGAUAUCAGAGGAGAAUCUGGAUGAAAGUGAAGAUGACCCACCCUCGAACGAAGACAGCGAUUCCGAGUUCUGCGCCCGCAUAUCCAGGAGACACCUCUCCAGGCCCAUGAGGCAAAGCAGGAGGUUACGAAGGAAAACAGUCAAGAAAAAAUAUUCGGAAGAUGACGAAGAUGAAGAUUCCGAGGACAAUUCAAGCAGAGAAUCUGAGAGCGGCGAUUACACAGAUUACAGCGACGACGAUUACCUGGAAACGAGGAGGAGGAGAUCGAGACGGAAUCAGAAGAGACAAGUUAAUUAUAAGGAAGAUUCCGAAAGUGAUGGCUCCCAGAAAAGCGUCCGCUACGGGAAGGAGUUAAGAAGAGUUCAUAAACGCAGACUCUCCACUUCGGAUAGCGAAGGUAAAAUAAAGAGUGGGCCGUUUGCAGGAGCUGGGAUAGCCCAGCCUUAGCAUGAAAACUGUGUAAAAUUCAGAGAUUUCAGAGAAUCUUUGUUCUAGAGUUCCUUGGUGUUUCCUCCUGAAACAGUCCAGGGGGAACUUCGUGAUGCGCUGUUACGGUCACUUCUCAACAUCAUCCUUGUCCCUAACGCUGAUUUCCAGCUCUGAAUCUACUCUGCCUGGCAUGGAGUGCUGGGAUUCCAAAACUGGCACUAAUGUCAUUAUUUCACCACUUCCCCAUUAAGAGGU